UGACUUCCGGAAUGUUCAGUCAGCUGACGGAGUGGUGCUUUCCGCGAGGAUACUGUAUAUUUUGGAGAGUACAAGUAUUGUAGUUAUUUAGAUUUAAUACUUGAUUUCUUCGUAUUCUUUUUUCCAACCAUGCUGCGACCAAAGGCACUGACUCAAGUUCUGAGCCAGGCGAAUACAAGCGGCGUUCAGAGUACACUCCUGCUGAAUAACGAAGGCUCCCUUCUGGCCUACUCCGGCUACGGAGACACAGAUGCCCGCGUGACCGCCGCCAUCGCCAGCAACAUCUGGGCAGCGUACGACAAGAACGGGCACCAGGCCUUCAACGAGGACAAGCUGAAGUUCAUCCUCAUGGACUGCAUGGAGGGCCGAGUGGCCAUCACCCGUGUGGCCAACCUGCUGCUGUGCAUGUACGCCAAGGAGACGGUGGGCUUCGGGAUGCUGAAAGCCAAGGCUGAAGCUCUGGUUCAGUACUUGGAGGAACCUUUAACCCAAGUGGCUGCGUCAUGAACACUGCGGAAGAAAAUGACUGUGACACCGAUUCCUGGAUUUCCUGUCUGAAGUCUCUGGAAGGAAACUGGCCAAGGAGCAACUUUCUGUUGGACUCUUUCAGGGAUGGUUUCCAAAACUAAGGCUGUCUUGAUCCAUAAGGCAGCACUAUCCUGAAGCAUUUAUCUGUAUAUAGCAUUGAUUUCAACUGUGCAUGUGUUUAGAUCCUGUUUAAAAGUCAUUCUGUGCAGAACAUUGUUUUAAUCAAAGAAUCUGUAAUACCACCUCUGUGAAAUCUGUAAACAACAAAAUGAAAGAAGUUUCUUGCUGUCGAUACACCGGAUUUUUCCUUUAUUGUCAAACAUUGGCUCUUGCAAAGCAAAUGUAAUGAACAGUGUGGGUGUGCCUUGAUGCCUUGGUUUUGAGCUUGCAUCAGAUUAUUUUCAGUUUGCAGCGCACUUGGAGACAGAAAUACAAAUCUGCUUGUUUUCGGUGA